GAUUUGAUCAAGUUUCGAAUGAUAUGGGAGCUAUUGAUGCGGAAUAUGGUGACAAACGCAUGCAGAACGGGGGACUGGAGGUCAAGAAGGAAUUAAAGUGGGAGAAUUGGAGACCAGGAAUUAGGUACAUAAAACAUAUGAAGAUACAAAACUGCAGUCAGAAUAUGAUAGAACUUACCUACAGUUUGCCGAAAACUGCACUUUUUCGAAUGUUAUAUCCCGGCAGAAAGCACAGAAAGCUUGCAGUUGGGGCUAGCUUAAACGUCCCCAUCGUAUUUCUGCCAAAAGACAAAAGACAGUGCAUAGAUGAAUUAACAAUUUCUACCAAGGAUGGAUUACAACUUCAAAUACAGCUUAUAGCAGCUAUUCCAGAAUAUAAAAUUGAGCUUCCAGAAAAGUUAGAUUUUGGAUUAGUUGCUACUAAAGAGGAGAAGACGAAGGAAUUUGUCAUAAAGAACCUGAGUAACCGGGAAACAUGCUUCAGCUUUUUGGUCGACAAACCAUUCCAAAUGCCUAUGUCUUCAGGGAAGCUGGCACCAGGAGGGGAAGUAACGCUUGUAGUGUCAUUCAAGCCCGAGAAACCUGGAACAUGCGAAUUCAAAGCAAAGUGCCUUUAUGGACCGUUCAGAGAAUGUUGUGCGGACUUAUUGCUACACGGAUCAGGGAUGUGUCCAAGUCUCUUCUUUCGAGUUGAUGGAGUGCAAAAAUAUGAUUCCAUGGGGGAAGCCUCGAAGUGCCUACUAAUUGCGUUCCCUACGACGGCAGCUGGAACAGUUUUCAAGAAACUUCUGACAGUUGAAAAUCCUUUGCAGGUUGAUACAAAGUUCGAAAUCAUUCCAUGCAACAACGCUAAACAUGGGGAAUUUCGAAGUGAUCGGACCUCGGUCUUGGUGCGAUCAAACUCAAAAAUGGAAAUACCGUUUUUCUAUCAACCAACUGUCUCCGGAGAGAAACAUGUUGGAUUCUUCAAACUAAAAACAUGCAACAACUUCGGUGAAAUUUUGGUCAAAUGCUCCGGUCGAUCCAUGGAUGCCAAUGUCAGAUUAUCCACAUUAGAAUUAGUCUUCGAUGCUACAGCCUCCGGCCGCGUCACACAGAAGUCAUUUCACGUUGUGAACCAAUGCGAGCUUCCUGUGACCUAUGAAAUCAUUUGUGGUCCAGUCUACUGUAAAACUGCAAAAACGCAAACCUGUUCCACCGCAUUUCCCAUUUUGGACGGCGCAGUGAAUGGAGUAGUGGACAAGGGACAGCGUGUUAGGGUGGUUAUAGGAUUUGCACCCAACUUCCCAGGUCACUAUUUCCGCCGGAUAGCGUUGCUGGUCUCCGGUCAGGAGCCGCAGUUUUUAAACCUUCACGGUUCUUGCCACAGCGGUGACCAUCAACCGCACGAGAUAGCGUUACCAAAUCAACGAAACGACGGGUCAAUGCUGGCUACGAAUGAACAGCUGCAGACAGGCGAAGCUAACUCACGCUGUGACUAUGUUGAUACAAAGUUCGAGAUCAUUCCAUGCAACAACGAUAAACAUGGGGAAUUUCGAAGUGAUCGGACCUCGGUCUUGGUGCGAUCAAACACCAAAAUGGAAAUACCGUUUUUCUAUCAACCAACUGUCUCCGGAGAGAAACAUGUUGGAUUCUUCAAACUAAAAACAUGCAACAACUUCGGUGAAAUUUUGGUCAAAUGCUCCGGUCGAUCCACGGGUAUGUCCAGUUAA